AACACUGAAAUCUUAGGAUGGCAGUUCCACAAGAGAAGGUUGAUGCUUAUCUGAGCAGUCUUGAUUUGCCUGAGGAACUGAAGCAGGUGCCUCAAGUGAAUGUGGGUUUUGUUGGAUUGGAUCCAAAGAAUGUUGAAACGCAUAAAACCAUUGUGGAUGCAUUCACUUCUAGUAGAAAGGUGGACACUCAUGGUAUCCACUACUCUAUCAUAGCUGGUGACAGGGAAUUUCCACCUGCAAAGCCAAAGAGGACAACAUAUGAGUGGUUUCUACCCAAGGGCAUUUUGAAACGAAAGUGGAUGAAGAAGCACCUCUAUGAUCUUCCUGCAGUAGUGAUCAUCUUUUUCGACCUGGACUGGGGCGACCCUGCCUGGAAUGAGAAGAAAAUCGGAUGUUCGUCGCGUGUCAAAGCCAUCAGGGCGGCGCUGACGACCCAGCAGACGCGGCUGGCGGUGGUGCUGGUGCAGCGGGCGGCGGCCGGUGACGACCCGCAGGCGGCUGAGCGGGCCGCCGACCUGUGCGCCGCCUGUGACCUGCCCCCCAAGUCCCUCUGGGUGCUACCCAUCACUGAUCACCUGAGCCAGUACGCCAUGAGGCUGGAGAGCGCCUUCUACGAGCUGGCGCAGACGUACUACCACCAGCGCGUGAAGGCGAUCCGCGCGCACCGCGAGCUUCUCAGCAAGAGCCACCACCAGGCGCUGUUCGUGCGCCACCAGUUCAAACUGGGCUUCUUCUGCGAGGUGCGGCAGGACAUGGCCGCCGCCUACAAGGCGUACCAGCAGGGCUACGCGCACCUGCUGGAACUGCCCACCACGGACCUGACGCUGUGCGAGCUGAAGGUGGUGGCGGCCAUGCUCAGUUUCAAGGUGUGCCGGCUGGCGUUCCGUCAGAACUUGCCGCGCGACGCCAUCGCCCACUUCCGGCGACACGUGGAGCUGUUUCGGGCGCGAGUCGGUCCGCAGGAGCUGGCCGUGGAGCACUGCGGCUGGCUGGCCCAACAGUACCAGUGGUUCGGCGAGGUGUUUGACCAGGCCAUCCAGAUGGGACUGCCGGCCAUCCAGACCCAGCACCCGGGCCUCUACUUUGAACAGGCGGCGCUACACGGACGCAAGCGGCACCAGACGGCCGCCGCGCUCCCGCUGGACGGAGCGCAGUACCCGUCGCCCGACCCGCUGGCCGGCAGCCUAGAGACAGAUUUUUUCGGCCAGCGGCCGUGGCGCCCUGCCGGGAGGAACGUGGAACUGAUGGACACCGAGCGCGAGAAGCUCGGAGUGCUGGCGAUCCAGCUGUGCGAGCGAUCGGUGAACCACCACAACCUGGUGAUCCCGCUGCUGAGCAGUGCCAUCUCACACUUCAAAAAGUACCACUGCCCGCGCAUGAAGGAGCGCCUCAUGGUGCAGAUGGCCGAGGAGUACGCGCUCAGUGGCGACCACGACAAGGCCGUCAUCCUGCUGGGCAAGGUGCUGCUGCUGUACCGCUCGGAGCGCUGGUGGCCGCUGGUCGUCCAGGUGGCCUCCCUGGGUCUGCGCAGCGCCUACCUCAGCUGCCAGCUGGAGCCCUACCUGGCCAUGGCCGCUGCGCUGCUGUCGGCCGCCGUGCCGACGCCGGCCGAGCAGCGAGCCCGACUGGACGCCAACGUGCACCGGCUGAUGGCGCGGCAGCCGCCGGAGCCGGAGCCGGGCUGCGCGGUGGCCGCCGGCUGGCCGGCCGCGCUGGCCGCCGUCCACCAGCCGGUGCCGCUGGAGCUCUCCUCCCGCGACACGCUCGUCUCGUGCUCGGCGUCGUUCGGCGCGGCGCGCUACCAGCAGGGCCGGCCGCUGACGGUGCGGCUGCGGCUGGCCAACCUGAGCGCGGCGCCGCUGCCGCUGCAGACGGCCCGCGUGGCGGUGGCGGGCCGCGGCGCGCAGACGGCCGCCGGCGGACCGCUGCCGGCCGGCGCCGAGCGCGUGCUCACGCUGGACGUGCCCGCCCGGCUGGCAGAGCUCGGCUCGGUCGUGUGGCUGGAGACGGUGGCGCUGGAGCUGGCGGCGCCCGACUGCCUGCCGCUGCGGCUCGAGUGGAAGCUCAGCCUCGGGGACGAGCAGCUGCACCAGAGCAUGUUCGGCCUGCCGGUGGGCGCGCCGUUCGCCGAGCUCGGGGGUCUGUGUGCCACCGUUGUGCCCCGGCCUGCCCGACUCACACUCGCCGCCGACCACCGGCCGCCCGCCCUGGUCGGCGAGGUGUACCAGCUGGAGGCCUGCCUGACCUGUGACGACCUCGGCGCAGAGGUCACCGACCUCGUGCUGGAGGUCAGCCUGCUCGGCGCCGACGAGGAGACGGCCAAAAACACGUUCGUGGUGUACGGCGACAUGUGCCAGCCGCUGUCGCAGCCGCUGCAGCUGCCGUGCGGCUCCGUGCAGCCGCUGGCCAGCUGCCGGCAGCUGCUGGGCGUGCAGUGCCUGACGGCGGCCGGCCGGCAGCUGCAGCUGGCCGCCCGCUACUCGGAGCAGACUGAGGCCGGCCUGUGCCAGGGCCGCGUGGCGCACACAGUCGGUCUGGAGGUGGUGCACCCGUUCCAGAUGUCUGUGCGCGCCGUGGCGCUGACGCUGGAGCCGGUGGAGGCGGUCGGCGCCGAUCAGACGGCGCUGCUGAUCGCCCAGAUCACCAACACGGGCCCGCACACGGUCCGACUGCGCUCCACGCUGCUGCAGAUGGACGAGACCCUGUUCACCGUGUGCGACUCGGAGGGUGAGGAGGAGGACGGUACCACCUCGGAGGACGGCGCGCCGGCCGGCGGCGGCCUCCGCGACCUGGUGCUCCAGCCCAUGGAGUCGGCCACAGAGUGUGUGGCGGUGACGGCCGGCGCGGCGGCCGGCGCCGCCCAGCCCGGCUCCUACACAGUCAUCUGGAACAGGUCGGAGUGGGACGACCGUCCGGUGAGCACGGUGUCGCCGGCGCCGGCGCUGCAGGUGGUGCCGUGCCCGCUGCAGGUGACGGCCGACCUGCCCGCCCACGGCACCGUGCGCACCCCACUCGCCGUCCGCUACACGGUCACCAACCGCAGCGCGCACGUCUACAGCCUCAUGAUGCUCAUGGAGCCCAGCGACGGAUUCAUCUUCGCCGGAAACAAACGCUACCAGUUCCGUGUGGUGCCGGGCGGCAGUCGGCAGCUCACCUACAACCUGUACCCGCGCCUGUCGGGCCGGCUGACGCUGCCCCGGCCGCGGCUGACGCUCUACAGAGACGGAGCGCCCGUGGAAGCCGCGGAACUGAUCGACGCCGCGCUCCGACACCUGCCCACACACAUCUGUGUCAUGCCGCAGGAGAAGGGCGGCCCGCACGACGUCCAGGGUCUGACCGACUCCAUCAGGGCCUUGUAACGCCGCUAGCUGUCGCCAUCUCAGUCUCGUCAGCGCUCGUUACAGAGCAUGCCGACGGUGUGUGUCGCGGCCCGCUGGAGUCAGGGUACUACUGAAGCUCUGUAGAGGGCCUGUCGGCGUGGUGUGGUGGUCGCACCGGAUCGCUUUGGAGGGCCGCAGCGCUGUGAGGUGGUGUAUGAAAACAUUCCAGCUGCGAGGUGCCUCUGUCUGGGGUCUUACUGAUUGUGCGCGCGAUAUGCUAUCGUGUGGUAUAGGACGUGUUGUUAUUUCACGUGUGGUUGUCGUGCGAAGUCAAUUUUGCCAGGUGGUGGCGCCUCGCCUCCCUGCGUGUUAUGAGUGGGUAAUUUAAUCGGCUCUUGCUUUCAAAGAAUUAGGUGGACUGGCGGUUACGUGUUUAUUGUACUGUUACAACCAUCUAGCCAGGUUGACUUGCCGUGAGAGCUCAUACGUGAUGCUGAGUAUAUGACAGUCGGAAUGUGUUUAUUUGCUGAAAUAUCAUUAUUGUUGCCUGAGA